GGUGAGGCAGAGCUACCCUGCCUGGGGAGCCUGGAAGGCUGAGCUGUGUCUCCCGUCUGCACUCCAAGACCAUUCCAGAAGCCCCUUGGACCUCUGGCUGCUGGUCACGGGGGAAGGUGGACCUUCCCUGAGAGCUGCACUGUGUUGGGGACAGGUGCAGCUACAGAGGCCUACAGAGGCCCCCCAGGCACAGGGACCCACAUCAGCCCUCCGGCCAACAGAAGGCAAGGCCAGGCGGGUGCUGCCUGGGACCCAGUGACUCAGCACCCCCGCCCAGAUCAGCUGGACUUUUGCCCCUGCUCCACCAGCCUCCUGCUUGGAUCUCUCCUGGGUCUCCCUGCUGUGCCCGUCCAGGAUGCAGGGAGCUUGGGCUCCCAGGGACCAGGGCCAGUCCCCUGGCAGGAUGAGCGCUCUAGGCCGGUCCUCAGUCAUCCUGCUCACCUACGUGCUGGCCGCCAUAGAACUUACCUGCCUCUUCAUGCAGUUCUCCGUCGUGCCAUACCUGUCUCGGAAACUGGGCCUGGAUUCCAUUGCCUUUGGCUACCUACAAACCACCUUUGGGGUGCUGCAGCUGCUGGGCGGUCCAGUGUUUGGCAGGUUCGCAGACCAGCGCGGGGCGCGGGCGGCGCUCACGCUCUCUUUCCUGGCUGCCUUGGCGCUCUACCUGCUCCUGGCAGCCGCCUCCAGCCCGGCCCUGCCCGGGGUCUACCUGCUCUUCGCCUCCCGACUGCCCGGAGCGCUCAUGCACACGCUGCCAGCUGCCCAGAUGGUCAUCACGGAUCUGUCUGCACCGGAGGAGCGGCCUGCGGCCCUGGGCCGGCUCGGCCUCUGCUUCGGCGUCGGCGUCAUCCUCGGCUCCCUGCUGGGCGGGACUCUGGUCUCCGCGUAUGGGAUUCAGUGCCCGGCCAUCCUGGCUGCCCUGGCCACCCUCCUGGGAGCUAUCCUCAGCUUCACCUGCAUCCCCGCCAGCACCAAAGGGACCAAAACUGACACUCAGACUCCACCGCCAGGCGGCCCCCGGGCCAGUGUGUUUGACCUGAAGGCCAUCGCCUCCCUGCUGCGGCUGCCAGAUGUCCCGAGGAUCUUCCUGGUCAAGGUGGCCUCCAACUUCCCCACAGGGCUCUUCAUGGUCAUGUUCUCCAUCAUCUCCAUGGACUUCUUCCAGCUGGAGGCCGCCCAAGCUGGCUACCUCAUGUCCUUCUUCGGGCUCCUCCAGAUGGUGACCCAGGGCCUGGUCAUCGGACAGCUGAGCAGCCACUUCUCGGAGGAGGCGCUGCUCCGGGCCAGCGUGCUGGCCUUCAUCGCGGUGGGACUGGCCAUGGCCUGGAUGUCCAGCGUCUUCCACUUCUGCCUCCUGGUACCCGGCCUGGUGUUCAGCCUCUGCACACUCAAUGUGGUCACCGACAGCAUGCUGACCAAGGCCGUCUCUGCCUCGGACACAGGGGCCAUGCUGGGCCUCUGUGCGUCUGUGCAGCCACUGCUCCGAACGCUGGGGCCCACCGUCGGCGGCUUCCUGUACCGAAGCUUUGGCGUCCCUAUCUUCGGCCACGUGCAGGUUGCUAUCAAUGUCCUUGUCCUUCUGGUCCUCUGGAGGAAACCUAUGCCCCAGAGGAAGGACAAAGUCCGGUGACUGCUGCCCAGACACAGACUGGCAAUAAACUCCUACUAAAUCCCUCCAA